AUGGCUGCAUCUAAAUCUGCCCAAAUAUGCUUUCCCCCUUCCCAACUGGGUGAAGCCUGUGAUAAGAAUAAAGAUGACCUAAUCCUGGGGAGUCUUGAGGCCCUUGAAAUCCUAUUUGCAGCUUAUCCCCAUGUUAUGUAUUCAGGGUGUGAGCACUAUGAACACCAGAAAACAUUGUGCCAGCAGUCCAGGGCAAAGAGGACUGAGGAUGAUGACACUGAGCAAUGGGAUCAGUUCAUUGGUAUCACAAAAACUGACAAGGAUCUAGAGGAGAAGGAACUUCCAUAUGAAGAGCUCAUUAUUGACAAGCUACCUGAUGGCUAUGACUUUGACAAGUUUGGUUUAGUAGUUCACAGGGAUUGUGCAGUGGCCUCCAAAUAUGAGAAUCAGAAGAGCAGCCAGAAUGGUGACAAAGAAUACAAUGAAGGAAAGAGCAAUCAAGAGUGCAACCAAGAGUGCAACUCUGAGAGUUAUCAAGAGACUGGUCAAGACAGUGAUCGGGAGGGUGGUCAAUGGGGUGGCCCCCGGGGUGAGUUUCAAGAGAGCAAUGGCCAAGAGAAAAUCGAACUUGACUGGCUCCGCGGAUCACAAAAAAGCUAUGUGGAAAAUGCAUCUGCUGUGCAACCUGUUCCUUUUCAUGUUAAAGAGGUGCUGAAUAAGUUCUGUAAUGGAGCAGUGCAAAGCAAGGACCAGAAUGAUUGGAUGGAGCCUGACAAGGCGGAGUCUCAGGUCGCCACGGAAGAACUUUAA